AUGAAGUUCAUGAUUAUAGUUCUAUCAACGAUAUCCUUAUAUCUUUCCUUAAGUUGUGGCCAUAGCCCACCCAGCCGGCUCGUGGCUCGCGAGAUAUUGCCAGGUCAAAUGAAAUGUACCCCAGUCACUGACAAUGAUCCGAACACCAAUAUUUUCAACUGCCCGGAUGAUCAUCCCAAGGAUUUGAAUGAUUGUCAGCGCGCUGGUCAGAUAAUGAUUCAAAAUGGAUGGAGUAGUUGUGGGUAUAGAACUUGUGGCAUCCUGUACUUUGGGAGAGACGCCCAGGGGAAAAUGGCACCGGCAGUCCCAUAUAAAGACUUGACUGCGACCAUCAUGAACAACACACUCGACAGCCUUACAGUCGGCUGUUGCCCCGAGGUCCAAAACGAGUUCCAGCACCCACUUCAGAGCGAUCUAGGUCUAGAUCCCGCAACUGCCGAUGGUUACGCCGCUCUAUGUCCUGGCGUGUUAGACCCGCCCUAUCAGGAUGCUAGGCCCCUGGACGACAAAGAUGUCGCCGUCUUCAUAAAAAAUAAUAAGAGCUACUUACCUAAACAAAAGUGA